AUGGAGCACAACGCGAAUGAUUCUAUCGAGCGAUGGAUCGACAAUGUAUCGACAGAGCUGCAGUUCAGUAGUACUACGAGCUCCAAUGCCAACCGUGAGGGGCAGUCUUGGCUAGACGAUGUUGAAACAGCAACGCAACCAAAGCGGAGCUAUCCAGAUUCCCCCAUGGCUCAAUCCGACCCACAAAAGAGACCGCGACGAGAAAACUCGGAGAAUGUGCCGCCUAGUGUAGCGCCAUUUCGGGAUGACAUCUCGCUGGCCCCAUCUCUUACACAGUCGACACCGAGCCGACGCUCAUCUAGCCCUACCCGCGUGAAGGCUCAACUAGCAACGGCGUCGCCGAAGGUGGUUUUUGUGCACGGUAGCGCAGACCCCGGGUGUAUAGAGGCCAAGAGCUUGUUGGGCUUUCUCACAUCGGAUGAUAGCACACCAUGGCAAGCAAGUACAGACAUAGUUAAGAAGAUAUCAUCAGCAUCGUCUCGCUGUGCUACCGAGCUUCGGAGUGAGGGGUCUUGGGCGAUCGAUGUCGUUCGACCGUUGCUGGAAGCGGCAAUCGACGAUCUUCCUUUGGAGUCUUGGAGUGUACAAACGGAAUCGGUCUAUUCCAAAUACCUGCCGCGAUAUACUGCGAAGGAUACAUUCAAUCGAAAAAUCGAUCUAGUCGUGGGGCUACCGAAGGAAUCAUGGAAAGAGGAAUACGAGCGCGUGGGAAUCGAUGCCAUCGGUCGGGACCUAAGCCAUAUCGACCAUCCACAUACCGGAAAAAGGCUACUUGGGCUAGGUGUGGAGGUCAAACCACUGGGUGGAAAUUUGAUCGAGGCCCAGGUACAGCUGUCAGUUUGGAUGACCGGCUUGAUGUCCUGGGCAUAUUCCAGUCAACAUCAAGGUGGUACCCACGUAUCUCCUCCGCCGAUCGUCGGUUGCACUGUACUUGGAGAAGAUUGGAAGUUCUAUAUUAUCUACGGCGUUGCGGGCGCAUCGCAGCAGCUCUCUGAAGUGCGGGUUUGGGGCCCCUUUUCAGUUCUUGAAGGCCAAACCAUGGAUGAACGUGGCGUUGCUGCUCUAGCCUUGAGGCUCCGUCGCGUCAUGCAAUAUAUUCGCACCUCCUAUACGGAACAGCUCCUCUCCACAAUUUCCAGUAGCUAUAGCCAAUAG